CUAGAUCAAUGGCAGAGAAGGAUCAGAGACAGACCUAUCCUUUGGCGCCAACCAAUGGAUAUGUUCGGAGUGAUGAAGAGGCUGCAGGCUCCGAGCUUUCCAAAGAGCUUCGUCGGAAGAAACGCAUGAAAUGCUUGGCAUAUGCUGUUGCUUUUGCUGUGUUCCAAACCGGUGUUAUAUUGCUCUUUUCUCUAACCGUGAUGAAGAUCAAAAAUCCUAAAUUUCGUGUCCGGUCUGCCACAUUUGAGACCUUUGAGGUUGUGACUUCAAACCCUUCAUUCAAUUUGAGAAUGAAUGCAGAGCUCGGGGUGAAAAACACCAAUUUUGGUCACUACAAGUUCGACGAUAGCACAAUUACCUUCUCGUACAAGGGUGUACAAGUCGGCAGUGCCAUUGUUCAAAAGGCAAGAGCCAGAGCACGAUCGACAAAGAAGUUCAAUGUUGUUGUGGACUUGUCAUCAACAGGUUUACCGAGCAAUUUGGAGCUAGGAAAUGACUUAAAUUCCGGGUUUAUAGUGCUGAGCAGCGAAUCCAGAUUGAAGGGAAAGGUGGAGCUGAUGAAGGUGAUGAAGAAGAAGAAAUCCACUGAUAUGAGUUGCACCAUGGAAGUUUAUAUAUCCAGCCAAGAUGUCCGAAAUGUGAAAUGCAAGUGACAUUAAAUUUAUAUGUUUGCGUUUUGCAUGUGUUAAUUUUGGACUUCAUUUUUUGUAUUUUGUUUGA